AGUGCAACGUAAACAUUAAUCAUGUAAUGGUCGGAGUCAAUCUUUAACCUAGUUAAACAUGGAGAGUCCGGAGUUAACUUUUACUUUAGCCUACAUAGUGUUCUCACUCUGCUUCGUGUUUACACCGAAUGAGUUCCGUUCAGCCGGUUUAACCGUUCAGAAUGUGUUCUCUUCAUGGCUGGGCAGCGAAGACCUGGGCUUCAUCCAGUACCACGUCAAGAGGAGCAGCAUCACCCUGCUCAUCCACUCUGCGCUGCCUCUAGGUUACUAUAUGGGAAUGUGUUUUGCUGCUCCAGAAAAACAGCUGGGAUACAUUCACCAGGUGAGUGAUGGCUGGAGAGUGUUUCUCCUCCUCUCUCUCUGCCUUCAGUUGGUCAGCUGGACACUCAUCAUCUACUGGUCCCAGUAUCACUGGCACAACCAUCCAAUCAGCCGGGCUCUGCAGGCCCACGUACAGCCUCCUUACUCCAGCUGGGGCUCUGUGGCAACCAGCAUCAACACUGAGUUCAGACGCAUUGAUAAAUUUGCCACAGGAGCACCUGGAGCCAGAGUGAUCAUCACUGACAGCUGGGUGUUAAAGGUGACCACCUAUCAUGUCCACAUGGCUUUACAGAAUGACUGUCAUGUGACAGUGACAAAUUCCAGACAGCACGAGUUGAGUCCAGACUCAGCCUCCCCAAUACAGCUCCUGACCCUGAGAGUGGAGAGCAUCAACCCUGCUGUCAGACCAUUUGAUAUCAGGCUGAACUCUACAGAAUAUGCAGAGUUAAGAGAGAAGCUUCACGCUCCCAUCAGAACCUCUGCCAAUGUAGUGAUCCACCAAACUAUAAGUGAUCUAUUUCUGGACACAUUCAGAGCUCAGGUGGACCUCAAUCCACCUUAUACACUCCCUGAGGGACAGGAGGUGGAGCCCUGUAUCGGCUGUAUGCAGGUUCCAGCAGGAACCAAGCUGGUGAGACUCUGUCAUGCAGAAGGAGCUGAUAAUGUGUUGGAGUGUCAGCAGUGUUUCUGCAGACCCAUGUGGUGUCUGUCCUGUCUGGGUCGAUGGUUCGCCAGCCGCCAGGACCAGCAAAGACCUGAGACCUGGUUGUCCAGCAGAGUCCCCUGUCCCACCUGCAGAGCCAAAUUCUGCAUACUGGACAUCUGUGUGGUCCACUGACAACACUCACAGAUCAAUGGACCUUUUCCUGGAAAUAAUGUGGAGGUGUGCUUUUAACAUUUAGCAACAAACCUCUGGAAGAUCAGUGGACAGGACUUGGGAAUGAAAUGAAUCAUCUGCUUAUUCUGUGCUCUCAGUAAAGAGUGAUACUAAAGAUUUUCUCCACAUGUCUUAAGAUUUAUAUAAAAUGUUCUACUUUGAAUAAUUUUGUCUUUUUUUCUGCAAAAAAGUUAUGCUGGUGGCCUGUAGGACAGAAGACGUCUCCUACUUCACUGAACAGUGAUCAUGCUGUUAGGCCCAACACUUACAUCAUUCUGCUCAAUGAAGCUCAAACAUUCAACAGUAGGAACAAAAAGAAAAUCAUAUUUUUGAGUGGAGAGGGACUUUAAGAACAAUGAUUAGCAUUGAUUUGAACGUGCUGUAAAGCAGCAGGAUCAUUCAUUGGAGUUUUUAAUGCUGGAAACAAACAGAGUUUCUACAUUUAGAGUUUAAAUUUAUGACUGUACAAAAUCACAGUGGAUCAUUUCUAAAAUAUUUUUUUAUUUAAACAAAUAUCAAUGUUAUAUUUAACAGCAGGAUUAUCAACUAAGAUGACAAUAUAACAAUAAAAACUACUAAAUGAAUGAGCAUGUUGAACUGCAGUUUGUUCUGAAUAUCUGCAGAAUCAGGUGAUUUUCCUGCUCAAAUGUGAGUGUUGCCAGGAAAUACAUACUUAAAUAUGUUAUUGACGAGGCAACAAUGGGAAAAUACAAGACUGGAGCACAGUAAUGUGAUUUUUGUGGCUGUAUGGAGAGUUGAGUGGAUUCAGCAGACUUUUGAUCUGUUACAUAUUCUGUCAUUUCUCUUUUUAGUCUCUGUCAGUUUGUGCCUGUAUUUAUGUCAGUUGUCCAUCCGUGACAUACAGAACACUCACAUUUCCAUCUGAGAUAACUAUUGAUUUUAUUGAAUCUGCUGGUGUAUGGUGAGAGAAAUAAAUGACAAUUUAAAUAUAAAUGGUAUU